AUGAAAAAUCUAGCAAAACUGGUUUACCUCAAUUUCAAAGACACAACCUGCAGACGAGAUUGCGAUCCCGAGAAGCCGACCUUUGACCUAAAAACUAAGAAACCAAGAGAUGAUAAUGAAGAUGAAAGUAGGAAGAAGAAAAGGCGUACAGACACCGAAAAUGUUCGUUCGUCAGAGUACGGCAGUGAUCGAAUGACAGAAGAUGAAAAAGAACGAAUUCGCCAGAUGAUUGAGGCAGAACCUAAUGCUGAAGCUAUGGAUGAAACCGGUUUCAAGAAGCUGCUUCUGCAGUUUGAAAAACGAGUGUACAAGAACCAAGAGCUGCGGAUCAAAUAUCCAGAUUUGCCAGAGAAGUUCAUGGAGUCGGAGAUUGAAUUGAACGAAAUCAUUCAUGAGAUGCAUGUCAUGGCCACCGUCCCCGAGUACUACCAGAUCCUGGUAGACCUUCGAUGUGUGCAGUCCCUUCUACAGCUGGUCAGCCAUGACAACACAGAUAUCUCCAUCGCCAUUAUCGACCUUUUACAGGAGCUAACGGAUCCUGAUAUCCUCAAUGAAAAUGAAGACACAGCUGGUGUAUUGGUGGAUGCUUUGCUGGACGGUCAAGUGGUGGCAGUAUUGGUCAACAACCUGGACAGACUGGAUGAAAACGUCAAGGAAGAGUUUGAGGGAGUCCAUAACAGUAUGGCGAUCAUAGAGAAUCUAGCAGACUUUAAGCCAGACAUGUGUGCAGAUGCUGCCCAGCAGGGACUCAUGCAGUGGCUGUUGAAAAGAAUCAGGAUGAAGCGACCAUUUGAUCAGAACAAGUUAUACUGCAGUGAAAUCCUGGCCAUUCUGCUUCAAGAUACUGCGGAAAACCGGCAGCUGCUGGGUGAUCUUGAGGGCACUGACAUUCUACUGCAACAGUUGGCCAUCUAUAAAAAGCACGACCCCAGCAGUAAAGACGAGACAGAACUGAUGGAGAACCUCUUCAACUGUAUGUGUUCAUCCUUGGCCCACGGCCCCAAUAGGGCCCGUUUCUUGAGGGGUGAAGGACUUCAGUUGAUGAACUUGAUGCUGAGAGAAAAGAAGAUGUCCCGCAACAGUGCCAUAAAAGUGCUAAACCAUGCCAUGACCGGAGCAGAGGGGCAGGACAACUGCCAGAAGUUUAUAGAAAUCCUGGGCUUGAGAAGUCUGUUCCCGUUGUUCAUGAAGACGCCCAAACAGGCAAAAGCAGGACCUUCCCCGGACGAGCUGGAAGAACACAUCUGUUCUAUUUUGGCCUCCAUUCUCCGCAACUGCCAGGGAACUCCACGGCAGAGACUACUGCUAAAGUUCACGGAGAAUGAUCAUGAGAAGGUGGAGCGACUGUUGGAAUUGCACUUUAAGUAUCUGGACAAAGUCAGACAAUGUGAUGACCAGAUCGAGCGGGAGAAAAUGCGACUCAAACAUAGCGGCGAAGACUUGGAUGAAGAUAUGGAAGAUGAGUUUUACCUCCGACGCCUGGACGCUGGCUUGUUCACGCUUCAGCUUAUUGAUUACAUCAUGCUGGAGAUUUGUGCCAGUGGAGCCCCAUCCAUUCGAGCAAGAGUCAUGCAAAUUCUCAACAUGCGUGGUGGUUCUGUCAAGGUCAUUAGAGGGAUCAUGCGAGAAUAUGCUGGCAAUAUUGGAGAUGCUAAAGACCGGGCGGCAAAAGAAGCAGAGAAGGACAGAAUUCUAGAUCUGGUGGAAAAGUUUUAA